GCACGCCAGUCGCUCUCGUCCUCUCGCGUGGCGCGUGUUCCCGUCGUGUUCACUCCUUGUCGUGUUCCUUCUUGCGUCGCUCACGCCAAACACUCAGCGUCCCGAGUGAAGUAAAUCAUAGGUGUUGUGGCCACGAGCGUGGAGCCACCAAUUUUGAAUUGUUCUCCGCGGCGUGACGUGGAUCCAAUUUUCCGAACUGUCGGAUCGAACUCCGGGAGAGUUUAAAAAUAAAUCCCGUGUGUGAUGUUAACUUCCUGGUGUUGUGGACCCUCGACGCGGACCAUCCUCUCGGAUUGUGAUAGCUUCGUCCUUCUCGGGGUGUAAUGCUAACGUCUUGAUCCGCCAAGUUUAUAUCCAAGUGAUUGAGUGCGUGAUGCUCAUCUCCUGAUACCGGGUGCUCUGCCGUCGGGAGUGAUGGGUCGUCCGGUUGGGGAGCCGGUGGGGCAGGCGUCGCGACCCUGAGCCGCGUCAAGAUAUCCAUCCUCAAGCUGGCCGACUCCUCGGGCUCCGACGAGGAGCCCGAGGGGGAGGGCGGGGGCGGGGAGGGGCGCCUGGGCUUCAAGUCCCACCCCUACGGCGUCCUCAGCAUCACCUCCUCCGCCUCCGUCUCCGGGGUGUCGGCCAUGUCCGAGGGGGCCCCCGUCGAGUCCCCCACCGGGGGCUCCGCCGCCGGGAAACUCCCCCGCACCCUCAGCACCAGCGUCCUCAGGAUCAAGCCCCGCUCCUCCUUCUGGGACAAGGUCUGGGAGGAAAGGUCCAAGCGAGACUAUCAUGGCGAGGACCUCAUUGUCACACCUUUUGCGCAAAUUUUGGCUAGCUUGCGCAGUGUCCGCAACAAUUUCCUUUGUCUCACCAAUGUGCCGACUGCCAAAUCAAGGCGGUCUUCAGGUGCCGCAGGCAGUGGAACGCCACAAAACAGGAACCUGACACCCGGUGAUGACGCUUAUUUAAAAUUAUCAAUAGAAACAAUGGAGGAAUUAGACUGGUGCUUAGAUCAAUUAGAGACGAUACAGACGCAUCGGUCCGUCUCUGACAUGGCAUCUCUCAAGUUCAAAAGAAUGCUCAAUAAGGAACUUAGCCACUUCUCGGAAUCUAGCAAGUCUGGAAAUCAAAUAUCGAAAUAUAUUUGUAACACCUUCUUAGACAAGCAGCAGGAGUUGGAUCUGCCAUCGUUUCGGGUGGAGGAUUCGGUGACGACCGAGGUGGAGCGAACGUCGAAGAAAGAUGACAAGCCCCAGCGCGCUGUGCCCAUGUCCUGCAUCUCCGGCGUGAAGCGACCCCUCACGCACACCAACAGCUUCACCGGCGAGAAACUCCCUAAAUAUGGCGUCGAGACCAAGCACGAGGAAGAACUCGGCAAAACGCUGGCUGAAAUAGAAAAGUGGGGUAUCGACAUCUUCAGGAUCGCAGAGCUCUCAAACAACAGGCCUUUGACCUGCGUAGCAUACUCUGUCUUUCAGGGACGAGAUCUUCUGAAAACGUUCAUGAUUCCUGCCAAAACCUUCAUCAAUUUCAUGAUGACUUUGGAGGACCAUUACGUGAAGGAUAAUCCGUUCCACAACAGUACGCACGCGGCAGACGUUACUCAGUCUACUAAUGUUCUCCUCAACUCGCCAGCUCUCGAGUCGGUUUUCACUCCGUUAGAAAUUUGUGCAGCCCUGUUUGCAGCGACAAUCCAUGACGUGGAUCAUCCUGGUUUAACCAAUCAGUUCCUUAUUAAUUCCAGUUCAGAGCUGGCGCUUAUGUAUAAUGAUGAGUCAGUUUUGGAAAAUCAUCACUUGGCUGUAGCGUUUAAGUUAUUACAAAAUGAAGGCUGCGAUAUUUUCCUAAAUCUUAGCAAGAAACAAAAACAAACUCUUAGGAAGAUGGUCAUUGACAUGGUGCUUUCAACGGACAUGUCAAAGCACAUGAGCUUGUUAGCAGAUCUGAAAACUAUGGUUGAAACGAAGAAAGUGGCUGGAUCUGGUGUGCUGUUGCUGGACAACUACACCGAUAGAAUCCAAGUGCUCGAGAAUCUGGUGCAUUGUGCUGACCUAAGUAACCCAACGAAACCGCUGCCACUCUACAGGAGGUGGGUUGAUCUUCUCAUGGAAGAGUUCUUCCAACAAGGUGACAAAGAAAGGGAGCAAAAUCUCGACAUUAGUCCAAUGUGUGAUCGUCAUAGUGCAACUAUUGAAAAGUCUCAAGUUGGUUUUAUAGAUUAUAUCGUACAUCCUCUGUGGGAGACGUGGGCAGAUCUUGUCCACCCUGAUGCACAAGAAAUAUUAGAUAUGUUAGAAGAAAAUAGAGACUGGUACCAAAGUAUGAUUCCUCCUAGCCCACCGGUGAAUGAAGGAGAGAAUAGACUGGACAGUGACGUGGAGGAGGGGGAGGAAAGCGAGCCCCCCAACCCGAACCCGCCUCCAGUGCCCCAAGACUCCAGCAUCCGCUUCCAAGUGACCCUCGAGGAGGGUGAUGAGGACUCAACUGCACAGAUGUGACGGAGAAUUUCCGGACUAUGUAGAUCGAUCAAAGGCAAAGUCCAGAAUUGGUGGAAGCUGGUCUGAUUCCAACCGCAUCCCCAAUUCCCUCCGAUCCUGAGGGAGGCUUUCGAAGAGUAAUCACCGUCGUGGUCCUUGGCUCGUUGAGUCGCGUGCGCUCUCAGAUCGGAUGUUGUCAUCCGGAGACUAUCCUUACAGAGAUCCGGAGACUAUCCUCACAGAGAUCCGGAAUGUUCGUCUUUUCACUUUGCGAUCAAAAUUGUCAGUUGAAGGCAUGAGGAUUUGUGCAAUAUUGUCUGUAGAAAGUAUUAGCGUGUAUUCAUCACCAUCAAAAGUUGAUACGCUUGGCGUGUGAUACUUAGUGUGCAGGUGCUCUUUUUUUGGAAUUCCGGAAUUAUUUCAUCUCGAUUGUUAGAUUUUAGUGUUCAAACAGGGAAUGCUAGCUCACGUAGGCGUUUUCGGGAGACUAGGAGAAAAAUGAUCUUUUCGGGUCUUAUAAGAACCAUCCCAAAAAAGUUGAAAGAAAAAUUGAGUGUUAUAGUGGAAGUUGAAAAAUCUCAUGGGACUAUUUUAACUAAGUAUGCUAUCCGCGGUUUUUACAGCUUUUGAAUCGUUUUUUGCGAUCAUUAGCCGUCGUUAUGAUAACAAGUGCUUUAGUUUUCCUUGUUUUCGUCCUGCAAAUCGAGAACAGCUUGUAACACGAUAAAGGAUGUAGAAAAGAAUGUAAAUUCUAAAAUCUCAUCGGGAAUGUUUACAAUUAAAAUUGAAAUACUGAAGUUCUGAAAACGUGAAAAGCCGAGGGAAGUGUUUGUCGUGUUCCCAGUAUUUUUAUUACUAAUUAUUAUCAUUGAGAAAGGUAAGGAUCUCUGCAUAGCUUCUGGAUGCAACA